ACUCUAGCCAAGCGGUGACAAUUUCACGUGCGUCCCGAAAAAUGCGUAUUUAUCACGUGCGGUUUAUGACAGAUAGUAGGAGAAACUGCGAGCUAUAGAGUGAUCAAGAUACAGCUGAAAAAACAAAGUGAUGUCGGUGGAAAAACAAGGUCUUGCAAGCUGUUAAGAUGUUGCAGUAAAAACAAGGUCUUAUUUGCAGUAUUAAAGUGGAAAAAAAGUUUCAAUCAAAAUAUGGCAGAAAACAGUGUUGGGUUAAAAUUCACUGGAAAAACCAACUGAAAGUCAGGUAAAAACACAGAGGAAGAUCAACGUUUAGCCAAAAUACUGUGGAAAUACAAAAAAAAAAAAGUUUGUUCUAAAGAUAAGAAAUGGAAAAACAAGGUUCAGUCCAAAUAUUAUGCAAAAACAGGUUUAAAAUAAAAGGUUGAUUCAAAACACAGUCAAAAUACAAUGUCAAGUAAAACAGAUGUGAAAAAAAUAGACAGUCAAAAUAGGUAUAAGUGCAAUGAAAAAACAAGGUGCAGUACACAUAUACUGGUUGGGAACUAGUUUCUGGACAGGACCAGUUUCCGGACACAUGUAAUAUCCGCUUUAUUUCGUUGUUAUUCCUGUUAUUGUUUCAUCUAGGUCAUUUAGGUGUUUGUUCUUCAUGUCUACAACCAACCACUAUAUUACAGAACUGUUUUAUGUUAGUUUUUUUUAUGAUAACACACCUGUGUUUACAAAACAACUUUUUUUCUUAACGGGGCAUGAAGAUAGCAUUGCGCAUGCGCAGUAGUUCACACUUGCCGAGGUACCAAGUGGGGAAGAAAUAAUUAAACUUCAUAUUGAUUGUCCGCUGAUAACAUGUGCUACUUCUAAUUUCACGGUAAUAGUUACAUAAAAUGCAGGGCUGUCGAUUUUUGCACUAAUUUUAUUCUAUAUCUAUUGGAAUUAUCAAGAAUCCGCCUUAGAUGAAAUUCGAGACUUUUAUUGUCAAUUUCGGUUGCUUUCGUAGCUGCUAUUGAACGUCAGGUUAUGUUUCGUGUGCAUUUUUGAAGAGAUGAAUGAUAAAGAAAUGUGUAAAAAUAGUUUAAUUACUUAUUUUGAUAUAAAAUUAACAGCAAAAUACCGUCAAAAUAUUUGUCCGGAUACUGGUUUACCUUACAGGGAAAAUAACUUCUUUUAGUGACCCCAUUUGAGGCCCCAUAGAACCCAUGUUUUAUGUCACAACGCGAUGCUGAUUACAACAUCGGAUGCAGAAGGAGCUGAAGUUUGUGCAGUGUGGGCUUCAUUUAUGUCAAAUAUUAUUUUUAGGGAAUAAUGGAGCCAAAAUAUGAAAAUGUGUCUGGAAAAUGGUUCCCAACCAGUAGCAGAAAAACCAAAGUUAGAUAUAGACAUUCAGUGGUUCAGUCUAGAUACAAUGGAAAACAAAGACAGGUAUUCAAUGGAGAAUGUGAAGUAGGAAAUGGAUGGAUGGUUAGAAAUUGCAAAAUGCUGCAUAUAGUAGAUAACUGAAAAAUGCAUUAUAACAUAUAAAUAUUACUGAAAUGAAUCAUGCUGCAAAGAUUUUGCACAGUAUUGAGCAAGUGUUAGGAACUGAUAUUAUAUAGCAGCAAUAUAAAAUGGAUUGUGUCGAAGUUGUGGAGAACUUGUCUCAGCGUGAGAAAAACUCCAUCUUGCAUGUACUUCAGCGAGAUGAGCAGCUUCGUCAAGGUCAAGAAGAGAAAAUAAGUAACCUGAAAAGGGAGAUCAAUUUGAUACGGAUGUGCAGUGUUUUACGAGCGGGAGAUGACCAGUCAAAGAUAUGCCUACGUUGCCGAACAGAAAUGGGUAUUUUGUUCAACCGUGGAUCACUCUGCCCGUCCUGCAAAUACAAAGUUUGCAAAAGUUGCCAAGAGGUCAUGUUCAAUGGCUCCUGGCUGUGUAAACUUUGUUACAAACAAAGGCAGCUGAAGUGGCUUACAGGAGAGUGGACAGCAUCAUUUGAACAAAAUCCUCUCAGAAAAUGGGCCUCUGGGUCAGAUCUUGUUAAAGCCUCACUCCAGAUGGUACCAGGCACUACAAGUAUUGACAUCGAUGAGUCUCCCAGUAACCAUGGCAAUAAUAAACAGGGAAAGAAAGUAUCAAGAAAUGGUGUUGGAGGUGCGGAUCAGGGUAGAACUCGCGUUGAGGUCCCCAAAGAGGGUGAUCAACUCAAACUGUCAGAACUAUUUAAUGUUUUACGGGUGAAGAAACCGGAAGACAAGGUAAUUCAGGAGACACAAGUGAGGCGAAUUACGUCUCGAAAGUAUAGUGAGUCAGAUAGUGACUCCAGCUCAAAUUCUGAUAUAGACAUUAAAAGCACAUCUACUGCCCCAUCUGUGACUGAAUCUGAACUUGAUGGGCGGAGGAUUGAAUCUCCCCGUGGUCUGGAAUCUCCACCACCUCAGAUUGUUGAACCUCCAAUGGUGGCUAGAGUGCAUAAAACAGCUGAGAGAUACCCAACAGUUAAAAAAAUUGAAUCCCCUGAAUAUAGGGUUGAAGAUGAAGCAUACCGGCCUAAACCAUCUCCAAGGUCUCCGAAACCUGCUGCAAGAAGAAAAGUUAAAAGUGAAAAUUUAGAACAAGAAAAUAUCACCCCUAUGGCCAGGCCAAGAACAAAAGAGAGAAGAUCAGACGGAACUGAAAGAGUUGUUGAAGGUCAAGUGUCAAUGUCAAGGUCAAUGGAAGUGAGAUCAUCUGCUGGUAGAUCAGCAAAUGAGAAUGAACUAAGUGAUAAAGGGUCUGUACAUUCAGAACUUAAUCUACAUGUAGCAAAAACAAAAGAAUCUCUAGACAAAAAGUCACGUUCCCAAGUAUCUCUAGAUAGCAGACGUUUAGAGUCAGAUAGUUCAGUGAGGCCCAAGUCAAAAGAACAGAUAGUUAGAAAAAGUGCUGACAGUCUGUCUCUAGAAUCAAAACAAACAAUGAACACUGAUCAAAGGUCUCUCCAUAAGAGUGAUAACCAAUUAGAUAGAAAAAAUGGUGCUGAUAUAGAAAAUAAAAGAAAUGAUAAAAGAAGAGAUGUUAUAAUUAAAUCUAGUAGUAGUAGUAGGGAACCUAUUCUUGUCGAUGAAUCUCAAAUGUCAGUUAAUCAAAAAGACAUUGACACAUUCAGUGAUAGAAGCAUUCCAUCAAAACAUUCCAUUGAUAAGGAACAGUCAAAAGUAUUGACAACAAGUGAGGAAGAGGGGCUGACUCAAAGAACAGGGUCACCUUACUCAUUUUCUAUGGAUUCCCUCCCCUCGUCCCAUCCUUCACCAACUUUAAAUCGGUGCAGUUUUUCAAGUAAUCCAGACUCGGAUACAGAUUCUGUCUCAAGAUUGAAAGGUCGCCCAGACCCUAUUUUAGAACAGAGCCCAUCAUCAUCCAGGAGUGCAAAAACAGUGCCAAAGGGUGAAAACAAAAAAGAAGAUAUCGUUGUUGAAGAAAUUUCUAAAGUGCAGUUUAGAAGAGUAUCGAAGACAGUUGGCCAACUUGGAUCAAUUGCAAAGAUGUCAUUGUCACCUAAUAGAAAUAAUACUCCUGAGGUUGACCUAGUGGUAGAGCAGAGGGAAACCCAGAGUAGAGUGGGCUCAGGGCUCAGAGAGGAGGGAGGGGGUUCUCAGUCUCAAAAUUUAAACACUUUCCAUAAAAUGGAAGGUGUGGAUAGUGUUUUCUAUGAAGACCCAAGUUCUCCUGUAGAAUUACCAGCAGCAGAGGAAGAUUUAUGCAUUAAGCAAGAUGUAUCUGCAAGGUCACCACCAAAUCUUGUGACAGAGCUUCUAAUGAAAAAGCUGGAGAGUAAAUACGCUAGUAGAAAUGGAAAUGAGACUUCCAGGCUAGAGAAUAAAUCCACGGAGGAGAUGGCCUGGAUUCAUGAAGAUGAAUCUCGUUCUCAUCAGGUUAAAGGCUUGGAGAACAAAUCUUUAAAACGACUACCAAAGUUGAUGACAAGCUCAGUGACAUCAGAGUAUGACAGAAAGCCAUCAGAAGCUGAUUCAAUUGAAGACAUGAUAGACAAUAUGGCUAGAGCUCACUUAUAUGUUGAGACUAAUGUGCCACCAAGAGCAUCUGAAUCAGAUUCUGAUGUUGGAUUCACCCUGACUCCAGUAACGCCUUUCCCUCAAGAGAUGUAUGAAAAACGGUCUGGGAAAUAUAACAGAUUUGCGUAUAUUUCUGAUGAUAACCUUGAUGGUGAUUCAGCAGAUGAUUUGUUAGGUGAUGAAAAUGAUGAAAUGGAAGGUCCAAACAGGUUUAUCGAAAAAGAAAACAAAUACUUAGAAACAGAAAGUAAAUUGCCUGAUAAGAAGAAAAUUGAGUUGAGAAGUAUGGACUCCUUAGAUUUGAUACUCAUUAAUCAGGAAGAUUAUGUUGAUGGAAGUCAGCCAGUUAUUGAACUUGAGACUGAAUACCAAAAUGCUUUGAAAUUCUCAAAUGAAAAGAAUGAAGACAUCAGGGCUGCAGAGAAAAGCACCGUUGAACCAAGAGAAGGUGAAAUGGUUGAUAUACCUGACAAAGUUACAACUGAAAACAGUGUUGAGAUAGAUGAUUUGACAAGCAAAAAUGCUGUUGAUUUAUCAGGAGAAAUGAAACACGAUAAAGAAUCAAAACAUGAAAGUAUUGAUUCACAGGUAUCAGAGAAAGAACCAAUUAUUUUAAAGAAAAUGAAAAGAAAACCAAAGCUUGAAACUGAAAAUUCAUUAGAUAUUCUUCUAGACCAGCAAGGCGAUUUAGUGGAUCAAAAUUCACAAAAUUUUGAUUUUGAUGCAGAACUUCUUGCUAAUUUGGAAAACAAUCUCAAAGAGCAUCUUUCUGCACAAAAAAGAAGCCCUACUCUCGGUCAAGAAUAUGCUUAUCUUGGCAUUCAACAUGUGGUUAAAGCAAGUUCAGAUGAAAACUCACAAGGUAAGGCCUCUCCAAAUCAAGAUGAUUUUGAUACAUUAGUUGAAGGUGCUAGAGAGUACCUUGAUGGAAAAACAGAAAACACAACUUCAGGUUGUGAACCAAUAUUGAAAGUAAAGAAUUACAUUAAACAUGACACUUCUCCAGAAAGCUCAGAUUCAGAUAUGUUGAGUGUCAUUGAAGAGGUUGAUGAUGAAAGAAGUGAGUCUGAUGAUGGUGAUAAAGAAGACACUAAAGAAAGAUGUGAAGUUGAAAGACAUUCCCACUCAUUGCAAAAUGUAGUGAGAAUAGAUAAUACAAGCAUUGUGAAAACUGCUGAGAAAGAGCGAAAACCAGAAAUUUCAGAAGCAGUUAUAGGAAAAGAUAUAGUAAUUGAAAACAAAUCUUCUGUAAGUGCUAGAAAGCAUGAAGAAGAUGAAAACAAAACUAAGAUUAAAGGAAAGAUAUUUCAGAAAGCCAGAGAUAUUGAACAAAGAGUAAAAAAUUUAACUAAAGGAAUUGUAAGUUCAGCAGCAGUUACCAGUAAAAAGGGUAGUAUGAAACAUAAAGAUAAAUACAAGAAGGUACAUGACUGUUGGUUAGCUCUUGAAAGACAUGAGGCAGAUAUGUUAGAUAUUGAUGAAUUUGAUAAAGACACUGAGGCACAACAGUAUACUGAAGAACAUAAAGGAAAGAGUGAUGUUAAUGAUGAGACAACAGACGUUAGAGAUGAAUUAAAAGAAGUUGAAAGUAAUUAUGCAGAAUCUUUUGGUAUUGAUACAGAUAUGGAAUCCAAGUCAAAUUUAGAAAAUGUUUUAUCAAACCCAGAAAGUAAUGAGAUUACAGAAGAAGAUAUGUUUGAAAGUGUAUCCAUAAUAAGAGAAACAAAUAAAUUUGGUAUCAAAAUGGAUACUGAAAAUCAGGAUAAUGUAAAAACAGAAAGUGACUCACCAGACAGCAGUGCAAUCCAUGAUAUAUUGAAGGAUGAGGGACAGACUGGACAGGUGAUUUUAAAUAGUACAGUGAAUGACAAAAGCAAUUACAGUGGUGCCAGUUUGAAUGACAGUAACAUAUUUUGCCAUACUAUUAGUGAUAUAAGUAGUUUAGCAGAGACGGAACUCCCAGAUAGUAGUUUUAUUAGUAAACAGUCAGUAGCUGCUGAUGCAAGCCUGGAAAAAGGUAUAACAUCUACAACAGACUCCUGUCAGAGUUUGCAAGAAAUAAAACUAGAACAGACUCAAGAAGUUAUUAAACAAGAGGAAAGUUUUAAUUUAAAGAUAAGUAUAAAUGAUUCAAAAGGUUUGUGUCAAAGUAUCUCAGAACUGCAAGAUCCAGUCAUUGAAAGUUUGUCAGAUUUGGAACAUCCUUCUAGCAGUUUUACUAGUGAACAGUCUCUGACUGAUGACUCUAGCCAUCAAAAAAGUAUAACAGCUCCAAGAGACUCUUGCCAUAGCUUGCCAGAUAUAGAUAAAGAGAAGAUUCAAGAAGUUACAGGAGAAAAAGAAAGUUUUGAUUUAAAAACAAGCAUAAAUGAUUCAAGAGGACUGUGUCAAAGUAUCUCAGAGCGUCAAGAUCCAAUCAUCGAAAGUUUGUCAGUUUCUGAAUUUCCUGACAUAAGAUUUACAAGUAAACAGUCUAUGUCUAAAGAUGCUGGCCUGAAAGAAAGUAUAACAGCUCCAACAGACUCCUGUCAGAGUUUACAAGAUAUAAAAAUAGAAGAAACUGAUGAAGUUAUUAAACAAGAGGAAAGUUUUGAUUUAAAAACAAGCAUAAAUGAUUCUAAAGGUUUAUGCCAAAGUAUCUCAGAGCUAAAGGAACCAUUCAUUGAAAGUGUAACAGGAGAUACUUCAUUGUGUGUAGAUGUUACAGGUGAUGUUUUUGUCACUGAAGUUACUGAUCAUACCACAAAAGAUACAACAAAAGAUGGAACUAAUAAAGAAAGACUUGAUUCAGAUGAAAUUAGAAUUGAGAUAAAGUCAAUGCAGCAAUCACAGAAAUCAUACAAGACAGAGAUUGAGCUAAACCUUGAUAGGAGCGGAAAAGUAACUCCUCCAGCAAGCACGACUAAAGACCCUAAAUUUUUCAGACCCCCAGAAAAACCUCCUCGUGUUAAAAAAGAAACUUCCUCCUCAUCUGGCCUUGAUAGCCCUGAAAUUUCACCAGUCAACCCCCAAGUUUACAUGGACUCUGACAGAACAGAAAAAUUGGCGAGUGCCCGAGAUUCAUCUCGAGAAUCACCAAGAACAUUGUCAGAAUGUUCCGUCAGUCAGGAUGAUAGUGGCAAUGUGAGUGGGGGUUCACGCGGAACAACUCCGGAACACAGACGAACAGACAGUAGUUACUCGCAGUCAUCUCUGCCUUCCACGCUAUCAAAUGUUACAGAUGAAGAUGAGGACAUUGAUCAUAUAGUAGCAAGAGUUCAAAAGCAGUCGAGUCGCGGCAGUAACCUGCUCUCAGUAUUUGGCGAUAGCCGUGAGAGUCUAGCCAGUUACUAUAGUGAUGCGGGUGAUAUUGCCUACAGUAACAUUCCUAUCACUGGUGAGAUUCUUUUCAGCCUUAACUAUAACUACAAGACCAACAUGCUAGAGGUGGGCGUGAAACAGUGCCGAAACAUUGCCGUAGCUGAUACAAGGCGGCGUAGAUCAGACCCCUAUGUGAAGACAUACCUGUUGCCAGAUCGAACCAGAGGAGGGAAAAGAAAAACUAAAGUGAAAAAGCAUUCAACCAGUCCAACAUUUGAUGAAACACUGAAGUAUUCUUUAACAAAGAGUGAACUAGAAAAUCGUACCUUGUGGUUAACUGUAUGGCACAAUGAUCGGUUUGGUAGAAAUGUGUUCCUUGGUGAAGUCACAAUCAACUUUGACUACUACAAGUUUGAAGACCCAUUUCCGAAAUGGUAUCCAUUACAAGAACGGAUGGAUGCUCCCCCUCCAUCCAUGAUGGUAUACAAGGGUGAUUUAAGUCUCUGUGUUAGAUUUGUGCCUGCUGAAAAAAUAGGUGCUUCCCCUGCUGCAAGCAGCAAACAGAAGAAGGAUAGCGGGAAAGGAAGUGGGAAAGGACAGUUAGAAGUGAUGAUGAAAGAAGCACGUAAUCUCACAGCUGUCCGGUCAAACGGGUUUUCAGAUCCUUUCUGUAAAGGGUAUUUGUUACCAGAAAGACACAAGAGUAGCAAACAGAAAACUGCUGUAAUCAAGAAAGACUGUAGCCCAGUAUGGAAUCACACAUUUGUGUUUGAGGAUGUAACGCUGAUGGAGUUGCGCGAAAGAUGUCUGGAACUCACUAUAUGGGACUAUGAGAAACUGGCAAGCAAUGAUUUCCUUGGCGGUGUCAGACUCAAUCUCGGAACAGGUGUUAGUGGAGGCAAAGCUGUGGAUUGGAUGGAUGCACGAGGGGAAGAGAUGUCAAUGUGGCAAGCCAUGCUUGACCGUCCAAAUGUCUGGAUAGAUGGCGCUCUCAUCCUACGACCAAAUAUGGACAAAAGAAAAUUCUAAUUUUUUUUUACUGCAAAACGUGUAGUCUGCUGACCAAGUUCAACUUCAUUACCAGCCAUAUGUUCAGUAACACCUGUCUAUAAAGACAAUAAAGACUGCCCAUGGAAAUUGGAAAAGCUUGGUGUUUGUUAGCAAGUUUUCUCUCAACACAGCUAAAAUGCUAUUGUUUGUAGGUAAAUGUGAAGGCAAAGUGACAGUCUUCCAAGAAGGGCUGUAUUAUUUUGGCCAUUGUUUGGAGGUGGUCUUAGGAACAGGUUCCAGUGUAUUUACUUUCGUGUGAGAACAGCAGUACGUAAUGUAUCUGUAUGUUUCUACAGUCAUUGUUAUAAAUGUAAAAUUGCUUUUCAUAGGUGAACAAACUUGACCUAAAGUAGAGGAAUGCACUAUGCAUUUUGUCCAGUUUAUAAAAAUGGUAUCUAAAAUGAUAUAGCCAGAGAUCAUGCUCAUGUAAUCAUGCUUUAAGAAAGUGAAAUGUUAAUAUUUUAUCAUUAUUAUGUCUCCCACCACACAGUUGUGUGGGAGACAUAUUGAUUUACUCCAGUCAGUGUGUGUCUGUGUGUCUGUCACAAAGCUUGUCCACACUCUAAGUCGAAAAUUUCUCAUCCGAUCUUCACCAAACUUGAACAAAAUGUGUUUGACCAUGAGACCUCGCCCAAGUUUGAUAACUAGCCAAAUCGGUUUAGGCAUUUUGGAGUUACGGCCCUUGAAUUACCAAAAAUCGGCCUUUUUACUCUUGUCUGCACUCUAAGUCAAAAAUUUCUCAUUUGAUCUUCAUUAAACUUGAACAAAAUGUGUUUUACCAUGAUACCUCAGCCAAGUUCGAUAACUAGCCAAAUCGGUCCAGGCAUUUUGGAGUUACGGCCCUUGAAUUACCGAAAAAUCAGCGUUUUUAUUCUUGUCCUCACUCUAAGUCAAACAUUUCUCAUCCGAUCUUCACCAAACUUGAACAAAAUGUGUUUGACCAUGAGACCUCGGCCAAGUUCGAUAACUAGCCAAAUCGGUCCAGGCAUUUUGAAGUUACGGCCCUUGAAUUACCGAAAAAUCUGCGUUUUUACUCUUGUCCACUCUCUAAGUCGAACAUUCCUCAGCCAAGUUCGAUAACUAGCCAAAUCCGCCAAGGCACUUUUGAAUUAUGCCCCUUAAAUUACUGAUUGGAUCCACUCGUCCAGACCAUCUAAUUGGAUCCACUUGUCUAAACCAUCUAGAGAAACUAGACAUUUUUCAUAGGGGCAGCUGUGGGAGACAUGCGCUUUUCUCAAAAGCAUAUCUAGUUGAUUGUGAAACUGUUAUUAUCUGUGCAUAAAUAUAGAAGGCGAUACAACAGUUUCAAAAUGAUUUUGUCAUAAGAAAAUGGCCUCUCUGUCCAUAUUUCAUUAUUUAUGUUAAGGAAGUAAAGUUUUGAAAUUCUGUCACUUUUCAUGUAUAGAUAUAGGAUGAUAAUUUGGCGAUUUAUUUAGAAGGUAAAUUUGAAGAAAGGGUAAAGUUAUAUGUGAUAAUUUGAUGGUUUGUCAUUUGUUCCGCUUUCUAGGACUCUUUUUCAGUAAAUAUCUAAGGAAUCCUAUAAUUGCCAUCACAUUUCAUGAUUGGUAAUGCAGUAACGCUAAAUUAUGCAUGGUAAUGUAAUAAUGUCAAUAAAAGUUUGUUUUGCAUUAAAAAUGGAAAAAAAUGAAUUGAUUGGCAGUCAUAGAAUUCUUUAGUGCCAUCUGAUCAUAGGAUGUGAUAUAUAUUUCUGUUUUCAUUAGGCACACAGUUGUCAAAUUAUCGUACAAGAUCUGUUGAAAGCUUAUUUUCUGAUAUCAUGUUUUGUAGCAUGGGAAAUAAAUAUUGUAGCCUUAUAUGUAUAGAUGUAUCUCGGAUUUGUUUCCCUUGGAUUGUAAUUAUGAAAGAUGGUCUUUUCUGAAGCCAAAGCAAAACAUUCUUGAUUUAGGCAGAAGCAGCUAUUAUGACUGGCUUAAAUGGCUUUUUCAUGGGGAAAUGAAUUUGUGGAAUUCAAAAAUGUUUAAUUACAUAUAUUUUUUCUAUAUUAAUGAUUUCACAUUACAUAUUUUAAAAGAAGAAAGAUAAAGAUUUUUGGAUUUGAUUUAAAGGAUUAGCCAGACUUUUAUGGGCAACUAAUUUGUUAAUUUGCAUCUAGAAUUCCAUACAACUGGAUCAACACAACCACAAAAUCUGUAGAAAAGUGUUCUGCUUGAUCAGCACAAGCAUAAAAUCUAUAAAAAGUAGUCCUCUGUUGGAUCAAUACAUUACCACAAGAUCUAUAAAAAUUAGUCCUCCACAAAUCAAAAUGAGCCGUGCCAUGGGAAAACCAACAUAGUGGCUUUGCGACCAGCAUGGAUCCAGACCAGCCUGCGCAUCCGCGCAGUCUGGUCAGGAUCCAUGCUGUUCGCUAACGGUUUCUCUAAUUGCAGUAGGCUUUAAAAGCGAACAGCAUGGAUCCUGACCAGACUGCGCAGAUGCGCAGGCUGGUCUGGAUCCAUGCUGGUCGCAAAGCCACUAUGUUGGUUUUCUCAUGGCGCGGCUCAAAUUACUUUACAUUAUCAUAUAAUUACUGAAAAUCUGAUGCUAAGGCCAAUACACAUUUCUUUAUUUUAUUUCAAUGUUUCUUUAUCUCUUUGAAUUCCAGUCUUAAAGACAGCAGCUAUAUUGUGGUUUGGACCAAAAAUUGUAAAAUUUGCAUGCAAGAAAAAAUAAUAUAUUUUUUGCAGUAUUUUAUUUGUAGAAAGAUUUUUUUUGUAUUUGAAUGUAUGUUUAGUCUUGAAAUCCUUGUCAUGGUGAUAACAAGAAAGAUUUUUUAUGCCUAUUCCUUUUUCUUUUUUGUUUUGAAAUUCUUUGUUUGUGUAUAAUGCAGAUUUGAAUUUCUUGUUUUUCUCGUUACAUGUUAUUUCAUUUGUUUUCAAAAAUGUCUUUCAUUUAAUCAGAUUGUGAUUGUUUUAACUAUAACACUGUACAUUUGUUGACAUUUUUGUCAUGUAUACAGCCCAGUAUAUGAAUCUUGGGCCCAUACAGGAGCUGGUCUGUCCUGAAAUAAUGCUCAGCAGGAAUCUUGGGUCUUCCUACACAAUAUUGAUAAAUUGUUUCUUUACUUGUGAAAAAAAAUGAUGUGAAGAAGUCCCAAAUUGAGAACAUUAGGGAUAUACUAACUUUAAAGUUAAAUUUAUUAGAAACAUUCCAUUUAUUGUUGGCUAUUUUACAGUAAUUUAUUAUUGUUAGCGUGAAAAUAAUGUGUUCUAGUUAAUUUUCUGUUUAUAAUAUUACCAUCAGUAUAUAUUUUGUAUUUGUUAGAAUAGCCAUUACUGAAAUAGGAUCCUUUAAUUAAGAAAUGAAUAUUUUUUUCGGUGUUCAUGUAAAAAUAAACGACAGAAUAGGAUUGGCAAGUCCAUGAAUCACGCUAGCAGUUCAUCUUUAAUUUGCCGAUCCUAUUCAGCCAUUCAUUUCGCAUGAAUUCCGGAAAAAAAUUAAUUUCUUUUAUAACAUUCUAUUUCCUUUCCAUUUUUAAACAAGAAUAUAUUAUUAAUUGCACACAUUUUGUUGCAUUUAACAUUAAAAUAAGCUUCCCUGCCAUUCUGUUCACCAGACGGAACAACUGUGACAUCAUCUAAGGAACAUUUUCCCUGACUAUACACGGAUGUUGUCAAAACAGUGGCUCAUUAUCACUAAGCAGUGUUGUCAUAACUUUGGCGCCUUUCCUUUUACUGUUCAUACAAAAUGAACGUCAUAAUUUUCAAUGGAAAGGAAUAGGACGGAUGUAAAUAUAAUGCAUUGGCCAGUAUGUUAAUUAUGACAGUGGAUAUAUUGCAGAUUUAGUACUUUCUUCUGUCACCUAUUUUUAGCUCAUCUGAUUUUUUGAAAAAAAAUUAUGAGUUAUUGUCAUCACUUGAGUGGUUGUCGGCGUCGGCGUUGCCUGGUUAAGUUUUAUGUUUAGGUCAACUUUUCUCCUAAACUAUCAAAGCUAUUGCUUUGAAACUUGGAAUACUUGUUCAUCAUCAUAAGCUGACCCUGUAUAGCAAGAAACAUAACUCCAUCCUGCUUUUUGCAAGAUUUAUGGCCUCUUUUGGACUUAGAAAUAUCAGAUUUCUUGGUUAAGUUUUAUGUUUAGGUCAACUUUUCUCCUAAACUGUCAAAGCUAUUGCUUUGAAACUUGGAAUACUUGUUCAUCAUCAUAAGCAGACCCUGUACAUCAAGAAACAUAACUCCAUCCUGCUUUUUGCAAGAAUUAUUGCCCCUUUUGGACUUAGAAAAUCAGUUUUCUUGGUUAAGUUUUAUGUUUAGGUCAACUUUUCUCCUAAACUAUCGAAGCUAUUGCUUUAAAACUUGCAACAGUUUUUCACCACCAUAAGCUGACCCUGUACAGCAAGAAACAUAACUCCAUCCUGCUUUUUGCAAGAUUUAUGGCCCCUUUUGGACUUAGAAAAAAUCAGAUUUCUUGGUUUAGUUUUAUGUUUAAGUCAAUUUUUUCUCUUAAACUAUCAAAGAUAUUGCUUUGAAACUUGCAACAGUUGUUCACCAUCAUAAGCUGACCCUGUACAGCAAGCAACAUAACUCCAUCCUGCUUUUUGCAAUAAUUAUUGCCCCUUUUGGACUUAGAAAAUCAUUUUCUUGGUUGAGUAUUAUGUUUAAGUCAACUUUUCUCAUAAACUAUCAAAGCUAUUGCUUUAAAACUUGCAACAGUUUUUCACCGUCAUAAGCUGACACUAUACAUCAAGAAACAUAACUCCAUCCUGCUUUUUGCAAGAAUGAUGGCCCUUUUUAGACUUAGAAAAUCAUGGGUAGGACAAUAUUUCUAUUAUACAAAAAAAAUCAGAUGAGCGUCAGCACCCGCAAGGCGGUGCUCUUGUUAGAUUUAUUUUCAAAAGAAUUGAGACGUUAAUUAUGACAGUGGAAAUAUUGCUGAUUUAUUACUGUAUUUUGUCACUUAUUCUUAAAUUUAUCAUAUAAGAUCAGGUUAUCUUUGUCUAGCUCAUAAACACAGGAUUUUUUAUUUUCAUUUAGGUGUGCCAUUCAUGCAAAAAAUGCAUCUUUUGUUUACUUGGUGAAAGAUAUUUAUAUCUUACACUGAAACAAACAAAUAUCAUAUAUAUAUUCUACUAUGGAUGACUGCAUUCUGCAUUCAGUUUCGUAAAAAAUGCUGAAUACAUUAAUGUUCCCUACAUCAUUUUGUUAUAUUAAACUUACAUAUUGUUAUCUAUACACUGUACAUCCAAAUUUACAUUUUCUAAUUGUUUAUAAAUUGUUGUAUAGCCAACUUUUUGACAUGUAUUAUUGUUAUACUGGAAGCAUUUUUGUACUUACUUACAUGUAUGUGUUUACAACAAUUUAAACCAAUUACAUGGUAGCAUUUAUUUCUAAGAGAAGACAACUCUGCAACUCAUAUUUAUUUUACCUUAACAGGAGUUAGCUCCCAUUUUGAAGAAAAGCUGCACCUUGUUAGGAUGUGUUAAAAAACUGCUUAUGCUCAUAUAUACAUUUGCAUGUGAUUAAAAGAUAAAUGGUUUGGUCAGAUUAUAAUAAGUAUUACAGUUAGUAAAUUGUUAUACAUAAAGAACUCAAAAUAAGUAUCUAGCUAAAGUUUUAUUAUUCAGUAAGUCAAGCUCACAGAAACAUCUGUAUUGAAAUAAAUAAUUAGAAGAAUGCAUCUGAUUUGCUUUAGUUGUGACAAUAAUCUAUGAUGAAAUCAGUUUCUUUUUUUUUUCUUUCAAUAGGAAACAAUCUAAAAACAGCUAAAAGACCAUGAUUAUUUCAUUUAUCUUUUUACCAUUAUUUUUUUUGCAUUUUUGUUAUAUUUCAUGUAUAGUAGAUAGGCUAAUAAAUUCUCAUGCUCUUUCUUGUGUAGUGGUUAUAAUUAUAUGUAAGUUAUAUAAACAUUUAAAUUCUGUGUACAGCGCUUUUUCAUAUAAACUUGUUUAAUAAAAAACUAAUUAACUGAUUA